UCCGUCCACAAUGCCACAAAAUGUUGUUCUCCAAGGACCAUCACCCUGGGGAUUCAGGCUCUCAGGAGGAAUAGAUUUUAACCAACCCUUAAUCAUAACCAGGAUUACACCUGGAAGCAAGGCUUCAGCCGCCAACCUGUGCCCUGGUGAUGUUAUUAUAGCUAUUGAUGGUCUAGGCACAGAGAACAUGACACAUAAUGAUGCCCAGGAGAGAAUCAAAGCAGCUACACAUCAGCUUUCUUUGAAAAUAGAGAGGGCAGGAACUAAAUUAUGGUCCCCACAAGUUUCAGAAGAUGGCAAAGCACAUCCCUUCAAGAUAAAUUUGGAAGCUGAACCUCAGGAUAUCAACUACUUUGAGCACAAGCAUAAUAUUCGGCCCAAACCCUUCAUAAUCUCAGGCCGAAGCAGUGGAUGCAGCACUCCCUCGGGGCUGGACUGUGGCAGUGGGCGCAGCACCCCCUCUUCCAUUAGCACGGUCAGCUCCAUCUGCCCCACGGAGCUGAAAGCGGUGUCUAAGAUGGCCCCCAAUGUGCCCCUGGAAAUGGAGCUUCCCGGUGUCAAGAUUGUACACGCCCAGUUUAACACACCUAUGCAGUUGUACUCAGAUGACAAUAUCAUGGAAACACUGCAAGGCCAAGUUUCUACAGCUCUGGGGGAAACACCUGUCAUAAGUGACCCAUCUCCCAACUCAGUGUGUCAGUCUGACGUGUACAAGAUGCUGCACGCCAACCAGGAGGAGCCCAGUCAGCCGCGCCAGUCUGGCUCCUUUAAGGUGCUCCAGAAUUUAGUCUCCGAGGAAGGUGAUGGGCGCCCUGUGGGAACAAGAAGUGUGAAAGCACCUGUAACAAAGAUACCUACUGCCAUGCCUGGUGUCCAGAAAGUGCCACAGUGUGACAAAUGUGGGAGUGGGAUCCUAGGGACAGUGGUGAAGGCACGUGAUAAAUACCGGCAUCCGGAGUGCUUUGUGUGCUCUGACUGCGAUCUCAACCUGAAACAAAAAGGCUACUUCUUUGUGGAGGGCCAGCUGUACUGUGAAGCUCACGCCCGCGCCCGCAUGAGGCCACCAGAGGGAUACGAAACAGUCACGGUUUACCCCAAAUGCUAGUCCUAGGUUAACACACAAAUGUAUGCAUGCACACAAAAAGCCUUUACCAGCUUAGAACUGCAGUACGAGUGUCAAGACUUCUGCCUAAAUCCAAAGUAGCAGCUUUUAAACCUUUCCCUGUGGGAUUCUGAGAGAGGCAGAAGUCCUUGUUAGGCAGCAAUAGAUUAUUAUACCACCAAAAUUCUGCUAAAAUAUUGGUUUUGAAACUGUCAGUAUAACUCAA